AUGAAGCCGACGCUUCGGGUCGCUGCGGGCGUCGUGCUGCUGUUUGCCACCCAAGCUAUCGCGCAGGCCAAUCCGAGAUUGAACUCGACAGCCAUCACCAAAAUCUUGGCCAAAACUCCAAGUUGUGCUAUCUUCUACGUCAUGCAGAUGUUUUAUAUCUUCAUUCUCGUCUCCGCCAAAGCCUCCAUCUGUUGCUUUUACACACGUGUGUUCACGACCAACAACAAACGGUUCCGUCUAGCUACGAGGAGCUUUAUGCUCUUCCUUCUCAGCCAUGGUCUCAUGUUUACCUUCCUCGUUGCAUUUCAGUGCUUGCCCGUCCCGGCGAUAUGGGAUCGAUCCAUCGAAGGACGCUGUCUCAGCAUCAACGCCAUAGGCUUCACAGGGUCUGCCUGCAACAUCCUUGAAGAUGUGAUACUCUUCAUCAUGCCUAUUCCCGAGCUCAUGAAGCUGCAACUCAGCAUGAGGAAGAAGCUUGCGCUGGUCUUCAUGUUCAGCGUGGCGUCGUUUGCUUGCAUCGCGAGCAUGAUUCGACUGAAGUACAUGGUUUCCUACGCCAACACUUACGACGCUACAUGGGACAAUGUCGACGUCGUUAUUUGGUCCUCCAUCGAGAUCAACUUGACAGUCAUGUGUGGCAGUCUUCCCGCACUCAGGCCUCUGUUCAAGAAGAUCCCCGGGUUCAUCAGCACCCCUCGACUGACUGAGGACGCCCUUCGUCGCCAUAACGAGAAACCGAAAAAAGAUGCAAACGAUGUCAAGAGGGCCCAGGAAGGGCCUGCGGUUGUUCUUCGAGAGCUGCGCCAACUUGGAGUGGACCUGGGUGAUGAUCUUGCACACAAGAUUACCCCCGUUAGACAAGGCAUGGCUCCAAUGGAGAGGUUCAUCGAAGAGCUGGAUGGCUAUGCCAGCAGCGCCCGAGCCGCGUGGGUCACACUUGAACACUCCGCCGGCAGUCGUGGUGCGACCAAGGCUUUCUCUAACAAGUCUGGAUAG